AUGUGGGGAAAAAUAGUUAGCAGCGUUUCAAAUGCUCUUGAUUUUAACCAAGCUACGUUAAGUGGAUGUAUAGAUAUUAUUUGUAUUGAAUCAGAAAUUGUUAAUAGUUUAAAAAAUGAUAAAAUAGAAGUGGUAUAUAAAUCAACUCCAUUUCAUGUACGAUUUGGAAAAACAAAAUUAUUAAGAUCCAAAGAAAAGAUUGUUAGUAUUUUAGUUAAUGGAAAAAGUACUAAUUUACAUAUGAAAUUAGGUAGUGCUGGUGAGGCUUAUUUUGUUGAAAAAACUUAUGAAGAUGUAGAAGAAGAAUUAGAAACAUCACCACUUUCAUCUCCUCGUAAUGAAUAUAAUAACCAAAAUUGUGAUCAACAUAUUGAUAGUUGUAGUGUUAAUGAUUCUGUAAAUAAUUAUAAAAUAGAUGAAGAUUGUGAUCAAAUAUUUAUUAAUACGACAGAAGGAAAAAAAUUAAAUGAAAAAAAUUAUAAAGUAGAAAGAAAUAAAGUUAAAAAGAAUAAUAAAGAAAAAAAAAAAAAAAAUGAAUAUAACAAAAUAGAUGAAGAAGAACAAAAAGAAAAUAUAGAGAUGGAAGAUGAAGAACUAGAUGAUGAAAAAAAAAAAAUAGAAGAUGAAGAUCAAAACGUAAAUUCAGAAUGGUCUUGGUCAUGGGGAAGAUUACCUCAUUUAAAAACACAUGAUUAUAUUUCUGACAAUUGCACUGUUAUUUCUUCAAAUAAUAAAAAUAAAAAAAAAGAAAAACUAAAAAAAUUAUAUAAAAAAAGUGAGUCUGUUAAUGAACACACUUUUUGCAAAGAAAAAAAAAAUUAUAUAAAUAAAAGAAAUUUAAGUGAAAUUAAUAUAAAAAAAAAUACAAAAAAGGAUAAAGAAAUAAAAAAUAAUAAUUUAAAUAAUAAAAGUAAAGAUAUAAAGAAAUAUAAAGGUGAUAUGAUAGACCAUUUUAAAAAAGAACAUAAGAGUAGAAAUAAUAAAGAAUUUUACAAUAAAAACGAUGAGUAUGUGAAAAAAGAGUGUAAAACCAUAGAUUCGACAAGAAGAAAUGAAAAGAAUUCAUAUAAAACUGAAAAGGGAAAAAUAAAUGAAUAUGAUAAUAACAAAAAGAGAGAGAGUACUAGUCUAUACCAACCAGUUAAUAAAGAUAAUAGCAAAGAAAAAAGUUACAAUGUGGAUAAAGAAAGUUUAAAAUUAGAUUUAAAAAAAAUAAAAGAAAAAGAAAAAGUAGGAAAAAAAUCAAAUAUAUUAGUAGAUGAUUAUUACGAUAGAGAAGAGGAAUCUAAUGAGGAAGAUAAUAAUCAUUUUUACUCGAAAGAACAGGAAUAUAAUAUUGAUGAUGAUAUACAAAAUAGGAUAGAAUGCAGUUUAUGUGGUCAUUUACUAAUUAAUCAAAAUGCAGAUAAUGAACACAACGAUUACAGUAUAGAAAUACAUAAUAAAAAUAUAUUUGAAGCAAAUAUAGUUACAUAUGAUCAAAUAGAUAAAAACUCUAAUUUGUGGUAUCAUCCAUCUCUUGUUUUUCGAUUUGAUAAAAAAGAUCCGUAUUAUCCGUCUAGGGUUGCAUUACCCUUAUUAGCAUCAUGGGUUGUGUUUAAUCAACCCUUAUCUAUUUUGGCAGUUGAAAAGUUAUUAAAUUCUUCCUUAACGUUAAUGGAAAUAAAAGAUAAAAGCUGGAGAAAUUGGUUUGGUGUAUCUAACGCAGAAUAUGAUAAUAGCUUAAGUAUCAGAAAUUUAAAUAAAGAUACAAAAGAGGAGGAAGUUAUAAAUGAAAAUAAAAAAAAAGAAGGAAAAAUAAAUAAAAAUGAUUUUAAUGAAUCGCUAGAUAUAAAGAAUAAAAAAUUGAAAAAAAAUGUGCAACACUUAUCAUAUAAUGAAAACGAAAUAAUUAAAAAGGAUAUCAAAAAUAAUGAAGAAAAAUUAAAAGUGAGAUAUCGAAAAUCAUUAAGACCAACUUCUGAACAAUUGCAAUCAUUAAAUUUAAAAGAAGGAGCUAAUACUAUUACCUUUUUAGUUACUUCAUCUUUACAAGGCACAAAAAGCAUAAAUGGUACUAUAUAUUUAUGGAAAAAAAAUGCAAAAAUUGUUAUAUCAGAUGUCGAUGGAACAAUAACUAGAUCAACAGUAUUAGGUCAUAUAAUGCCUAUAGUAGGUAAAGAUUGGUCUCAUGUAGGUGUUUCACAAUUAUUUAACAAAAUAAAUAAUAAUGGAUAUCAUAUUCUAUACUUAACUGCAAGAGCUAUUGGUCAGGCAGAUUCAACUAGAGAAUAUUUAUUUCGUUUAAAAAGAAACGAUAAUAAUAAAUUACCAGAUGGUCCUUUAAUACUAAGCCCAGAUAGACUCUUUCCAUCAUUUAAAAGAGAAGUUAUAGAUAAAAAACCAUAUAUUUUUAAAAUUGCAGCACUUAGAGAUAUACGAAAUUUAUUUCCUAUUAAUCAUAAUCCUUUUUAUGCUGCCUUUGGAAAUACAGAAAGUGAUCAUAGAGCUUAUAUAUCUGUUGGUGUUCCAGAAGCUAAAGUUUUUAUUAUAGAUAAUAGAGGCAUUGUUCAUCAUGUCAAUUCUACAUAUGCUAAAACUUAUGAAACUAUGAGUGAAAUAACGGAGCACAUGUUUCCAUGUAUAAAAAAUGAUAAAAAAAGAGAAGAUGAUGAUCAAUACAAUUCCUUUCAAUAUUGGAAGAUAAAUAGCUUAACUUUUUAUGAAAAGUAUAUGAAUAUCAGUGAUAGUAAUUGA